UUUUCACUGUGUUUGGAAUUUUCCUUAACUAUAUCAUGUGUUAGGUCAAGGUUGCAUGUUUCUAUAUAUAUCUCUAGUAAAAGAUGCACUCACCACACCUACUCAAGGCUGCAUGUUUCUAUAUAUAUCUCUAUAUACAUCCUAAGUUUCCUAACUUCUCCUCACUAUUCUCUUGUACCAUUUCCAUUUUUGUUCGACAAAAAGAGAAACUUUGCCCUAACAAACCCUAUAGCUAUGAAUACUUCUCAAAAUCUUUUUUUCUUCCUUCUACUUUCUUUCUACACCCUCACAAUUGUCAUAGGACAAGAUGAGACCGGUUUUGUAAGCUCAAUAAACCCUAAGUUGCUUACAAAGAAAGUAGCUGCUAGCCACUUUAGGUUCUACUGGCAAGACAUAGUGGGAGGAGAAAACGCAACUUCAAUUCCAAUCAUUCAACCACUUCCCAAAUUUAACAACUCUUUCAGUGCUUUUGGUUUGGUGAGGAUAAUCGACAACCCUUUAACCUUGACACCAAACUUGACCUCAAAAUUGUUAGGUAGAGCUCAAGGGUUUUAUGCGGCUACCUCACAAACCGAGCUCGAUUUUCUUAUGGUUCAGAACUUUGCCUUGUUUGAAGGAAAGUAUAAUGGGAGUACCAUUACUAUCUCUGGAAGGAACGUCGCGAACGAUAAGGUUAGAGAGUUGCCUGUGAUCGGUGGUAGCGGAGUUUUCCGAUUUGCUAAGGGAUAUGCUGAAGCUAGAACAAUCUCUUUUGAUUUCAUAACUGGGGAUACCGUGGUUGAAUACAAUGUCUAUGUUACUCAUCAUAAAUGAUGAUAUUUUGGAUUGUCAAUAACUUGUGAUGAGACUCAAGCUUUGCAUGAUUUUCAUGUGGUGGUUAGGCUCAUGAUUUAAGCCCUUUUUAUUUGUGUAACUGUGUUUGGUUUCAAGAUUUGAAUAAAUUUUUUACUGUUUAUGUUUUACUUACACAUAAAUUAGUCCUUGUCACGCAUUGUUUUGGCAAGGAGAGGACAAGGGGAGAGAGUGAGGUUGCUUAUGUCAAUAUAUAAAAUACAAAUAUUAUAAAAGAUUAAUUGUUAUGUACCGAAGGUAUAAA